UUCUCGACGCCACGGCAGCUAUAAAUGCCUUCGCAACCUAUAGUGAUACGCUGAUUAGACAGGGUGCUGUUCCAGGGGGCGAUCACUCAAUGGCCUUUUCAGGGUACGACCUGUGGACGACUGACGGCGGCUCAAGAAACCUUGGUCUCGCCUAUGUUGAUGCUCUGUGUGGAUCGUUUUCUGUUUCCGUUAAUGAGAAUCAGUUCGUCGGCUGGGAAAGCAAAAUUGCAGGACAUGAGCUUGGACAUAGCAUUGGAGCUCUCCACGAUAGCGAAGAGGGCUGCAUGGAUACAGAUUUCUUUGUUAUGGCUGCAUUUGUUGUCAUGCCAAAUCAGAUACCUGAUUCGUUGCUGGAUAACCUGUUUCGACUUUCACCAUGCAGUAUUACCAAGUUCAGAAGCACACUUUUGUCUGCUCCAUGUACUCUUCAAGAUUCCAACAUCCCCUCAACAGACCGUGGACCAUCUGGUCAGCUCUUUGACGCUGAUGCACAGUGUCGCGUGUUUUUGGGUCCAAAUUCAAGGUUUUGCAGGGAGGAAACAUCUCAACGGGAGAAUUGUUUUGCCAGCAUGUGUUCCUCUCUCCUGUGUAUUAAUCCUGGUUCACCAUCACAGUGUCGGGAGUUCUUUCCUUUAGCGAGAACUUCAUGUGGAAGUGGAAAGUGGUGUGAAGCUGGACGAUGUGUAGCAAACACGGAGGCUCCGACAACUGUUGAGGGAUGUCCUCAAGGUGAUGACCCAAUAGUUCCUUGUCAAGCCGCUUUUUGUCCGGGCUUCACCCCCAUUGUAAGAGGUGUCCUGUGUUGCCAGACCUGUAAUGAACCAUAUAUAUGCCCCUUUACAACACCUACCACUACUACAACUACAACUACCACUACCACAACCCCUUCCACUACUACUACAACCCCCACCACUACCACAACCCCUUCCACUACUACAAGUUCCACCACUACCACCCCUAUCACCACAACAACUACAUCUACAACAAUCUCUACCACCACCACAACUACCACAACCUCUACUACAACAACCACACAUUCACCUCGUUCUACGACUAUUACAAUUCCCAACAUACCAAACAGAUUGUCCAAAUGUAAGCGGCCAUCUGGACCAUGAUUACUGUAAAUGAUCAUACAAGUAAUCAACUACCGAACAAAGUGGAAUUUGCUUAUUAUGCCAAGAAAAAAUGUUUGUCCAAAUAAAGUGUCCUAAUGUGUAAUGUAAUAUGGACAUACAAUAAAAAUUA